GCCCACAUCCGGGAAGUAACACGGAAGUCACAAAACUUUUUCUGUCUGGGCAACAUCCGGUAUCUAGGUCUUAAUUAGUAAAUCUAUGAUCCAACUGCUGCUGCUGAGUUACAGUGAGUGGACACAUCAUGGAAACGACAGGAGUAGCACUUUGCGUCAUAUUUCAUUUUUUUGCCUCAGUGACGUCAACAGAGUCGUUGCCUCAACUCAAUACGGAAACCGUCCUGAUUAACGUGACAGCAGGGACACUGGCGGACACACAGUUGCAGGAUUCCAACAACUUGCAGAUAAAUUUAAACAUAUCAGUGGGUGAAGAGUUGGUGUUGGUCAAUGAUGUCCCAAUAGAACUGUCAGGUGUCACCAGGUUCAACUGUCAAGCUCUUCUUUUGGACAGCUUCAAUGGCAGCAGUGAGUUUGAAUCUGGGGAGCUGGUGUCCACUGUCACCCGGGUCAUGGUGAGCCAGAACCGGCUGUACAGCAGCUCUGAGGAGGUGUUGGCUCUGCAGGUGUUCAGUGAAGUGAUAGAGGUGGAGGGCAAAGAGGUCCAGCAGCCUGACAUGUGUGAGGUGAAGAUACUGAUGAGCCCAGAUUUCCAGAAACUAGCCCAGUUUACCAACAUCUACCCUAUUGGCAACAGUGAGAUCUUCAGGGUUCCCAGGGAGAAUGACGUGGUCGUCACCGAUCCACCAAAUCCUAGAAAGAAUGAAGAUCAGCUGAUCUCUCAGACAACCAGCCAGUACCCCCUGAAGCACACAGAGACCACCAUGGAAGAGACUGCAGCUCCUGGAAAGCUCCCAGAGACUCCUCUACGUACGGACCCUGACCUGCUGUAUGACGGCAAAUACGAUGAUGAAUUAAUUGACCGAGAAAAAAGCCAGCCGGAUCAGAUUCAGAUGGAAACUCCCCCCAAAGAGCUGAUAUCAUCUUACUCAGCCAUGUGUCAGUGGAUGGAGCAAGUGAGGGAGCAUCUGAGGCGCUUCUGCGCCGAGUCCCUGCCUCUCUUCUUCCUGGUGAUGUGGGUUGUGGUGAUCGGCGUUUUUGGAUCAGCGGUCAUAGUCAAGAUCCUGGACAUGUUCUUCCCAACGUGUGAACACAAGCACAUUUUUCACUCAAAUCCUAUGACAUUAAUGCCGGAGGAGGAGAAGCACACACUGUUGGAGAGCAUAGAAACAGAAGUAGAGGGAGAAGAGAAGAAUCCUUGAAUAAGGAUCGACUUGGCCCAUCCAUUUAUUUUCAGUUUGUUCUUGUUUAUUGUUCAACCAUGAUUAUUGUCUUACAUUUUCAGCAUGGUCUGGUUUUGUCCUUUGCUCAUAUUCAGAUUUGUAAACCACCACCUUUUUUACUUCACUUUACCCUCUGAGCACAUAAGCCAUGGAACAGGGGGUGGUCAAAUUGACUUAACUCAGUUUGCUGGUUUAAUGUUCGUCCACAUGAUGCCCUCAGUUACAGUCACAUGCUCAAAGUGGAAAAGAGUGUGAGUGGUUUAUACUGCUGGAUCUCGAGUUCAUACGAUGUGAUGUCAGCCGAGAGCUGCUGAGAGGUUGGAGUGUGGUGGAACUUGAAGUGUGUUCACCAACAUCUGUUCAUUCAGUGAUAAUUUGCAAAGAAAAUCAAACUCUUUGCUGCUGUGAUUGAUCAGACAGACAAUUUUUAUUAAAUCACAAAUGACUGCAAUGACAAAAAGUACUUUUGUACUUUUACAACUUCCAAAACAUGCCCAAGCAAAGUGGCUUCCGCAUUUGUCGUCAUUGUUGUUUUAGAUUAGAAUUUCCCUCUCACAUCAAGGUCCAUUUAGUACCUGAUCUUCUUGAAGAUCAUGUGAUAUGAUCAAAAGCUUUGAGUUUCGAAGCUUUUGAUCUUUUUAAAGGAAUGGUUAGACAUUUUGCGAAAUACGCUUAUUCACUUUGUGAGUUAGCCUAGUAUAAAGAAAAAAAGGGAGAAACAGCUAGCCAUGUGCAUAUAAUAUAUUUUUUAAAAAUAUGCACAAAAAUGGAAAUAAAAACAUUACAACUUUUGUGAGUGGUUAUCCGCCAGAUAAUGAUGACACAGUGACUUCUCAGAUUGGUUGUAGUUGUAGAGCAGGGGUGGGGAAUGCUCGGCCUCUGGGUUGUACAGUUUAUGCACCAUGGGACUGUUUGAUCCAGCCGGCGUGGCAAGUUGUUUUGGCUCAAAAGCAGCAACUACCAUCCAACAACAUACACAUAGGCAAAGAGAAGCAGUUCCAGUCAUCACAUUAGAGACUCUAGUGUGAUAUACAUGUUCAGCAAUCUACUAUGGCACUCAAAGGACAUUAUAAAAAUUGAAAUGGUCCUUAAUUGGAAAAAGAAAAGAAAACAAAAGAAAACAAACAGGCUUAUCUUUUUUUGUAAACUACAGUGUAGAAUCCCAAAUGUUGCUUCUUCCUUUGAGAUUGUGAUUAUCCCAUCAACUUGACUUAGUGUCCUCUAUUUUUAUUUAUAAGCUCUGUUUACAGGUUGGUCAUGUAACAGUUCAAGCUGGUAGUGAAUUUUAAGAUUUCCCUCUGCUGGACUAAGGGACAAACUACUUCAAAUGGUCUUUUGUGCCUAUUGACUGAAAAUUCAAAGUCAUUACAGUAAAUAAUUCAAACUGACUCCAGGAAGUCAGUGCUUCUACCUGUCGGUCGUAUUUUAAGUGAAGACAAGAUUAAUACUUAAAACAAAGAUAUUUGAAUUUAUUGUCACAGAUAGUUCUGAAGAAGUAAGGUAAUGUCUCAUCUUUAAAAAAAAAUGCAGAUCAUCAUCUGUUGAAACUGCCCGUUGUGUUGCACACUAAGUAAUUGUGUCCCUCUCACACCACUUUGGAUCACUACUCUCACUACUGAGUGGAACACCUCCCUUUGAGGUUCAUAUGUUGAUUGUCAUUCUUCACAGUGCCUCAGUGACAGUUUUGGGGAUUCUGUCACUAAAGGGACGGGCUUCAUUUUACCAAUACAUGGAAAAUGCUGAGUAAUUAGGACAAUUGACAAUGAGCUUUGUGAUGUUAAGCAGCCUCAGUUACAAUUGAUCCAAUGCAUAUGGUAUCUUUCAUUUUCUCUUCAUUUCAGAAGUGAAUAACUUGAGUAUUGGUGUGUGCCUUCAGGACACUGGAGUUAAAUCAGGAUUGCUCUAAGACAAAUUGAGUUAUCAUUUUCACGCUAAGCCCCUCCCAUACCAACAUAUAGACACUUACUAUUCACAACUGUUUUUCACAUUUUAUAGUUCAGCUAGAACUCCACGAUGGUGGCCUUUAUUGUCUAGGAGGCUUUUUGGAAGGGUAUAUUGAGUUAUUGAAGUGAGUCAGUAGGAUUCGUGUUGGGGGUGUGGAAAAUAUUGACUUUUUUAAACUUAAUUAUAGCACCACCAUCCAGCCAAUUGGGUUCAUAUUUUUGUUAAGCACUUGAACAUCAUUUCUAGUUACUGUGCCACUGUUCAUGUCUGUAGCUUGGUUCAGCUCACAGGAAAUUUAGGCUUAAAUGGCAGAUAGGCUAUUGAUGAAUAGGUCACACCACAAUGUUUAUAUUUGUGGUGCCCCGUGUGGGUGGGGUAUAAUUUAUGACUAUCAGGCAAAUUCUGAAGGAAUUAGGGGCAAUUUCCUGCUAAGCCCGAUCCUUUUUUUUGAUUUAUGGCGGCUUUGUUUUUGGACCAGUCUUGCCCAUUUAUAACAGAAUUGCAUAGUCUUGCAAGGCUCUGUCCAAAAUUUGGUGUUUAUGGAGUUGAAUUCCCAAAAAAAGUAUAUUCACCAAAAAUCCAUCAUGGCGAACUCUCAUGGUCAGAGAGAUUCUUUUGAAGAGCACACUGAGCUGGACUUGUGUGUCAAAUUCUAAGUAAAUCUGACUUUCAAAGUGAGUGGUGUUGGUUUGGGGCCUUAAUUACAGUGCCACCAUUUGGCCGAGAAGCAUGUGCAAAUCAUUUACAGUUAUUGGGCCGAGUUUAAUGUUUUCUGGCUAAUUCUUGGCUUGUCUACCUCUUAGGAAUCCGAACCCUAAUUAUUGUAGGGAAAUAAAAUACAUUUAGUUUUAAAUUUGGGUUUGAAAACUGGAGUAGAACCGCCACAAAGGUUCCUUUUCUUUCUUUUGUGGUUAAUCCCAUGAUUUAUAGAUCAGAAUUACUGAGAUGACUAACCUCCUGCUUAUGAGACCAGACUUGGCUCAAGGCAGGUUAAUUUGGGUUUUAUCAUUUCAAAUUUCAUUGUCAACAUGUUUUUUGUGUGAUUUCAGAAACUUUGUCACGCUUAAAAAACAGCUGCACCCAUAAAAAAUCAGCUUGUGUACCUCACAACAACAGGAACCGUGUCUCUCCCCAGGGCUCAGUUUAGCUGCAGGAUGCAUGAUGUGCUGCAUGUAUAGUGUAGUAAAUGCUGUCUGCUGUUCUGUCAGUAGGCUAUCCAUUAAAACUAAGAAACUGCAUGACUCAGAACAACCAAACCUGUUACAAGUGUAUGCCUGGAAAUCCAAAAUAAUACACAAAUCAAUACAACUGAUGUGCUGUAGAUGAAACAAAUUUAGGCUGAGGCGAAAAAUGAGCCAGGCAUGGAUUCAGAUGUGUUGCUGAAGAAUAAAAUAACUAAUCUGUCUUCAUUUGA